CCGCCGGCCGCGGCCCCCGGGGCCCUCGCUCCUCCCCUCGGGCCCUCCGGCCGCCGCGCGCACUCCCCGCGGGGACGCGCCGGGCGUCCCCGCCGCCAUGCCCCAGGCCGCACACCGGCCUCGGCGCGGCGGCCCGAGAUAGGGCCUCGGCCCUCGGGGGGGACCAGGAGCCAGCCGCGCGCCCCGCCCUCCCCCGGGCCGCCGCUGCCGCCCCGGCCUGGCGGGAGGAGGAGCAGCAGCAGCAGGCCUUCGGGCCUGGUACCGCCGCCGCAGGACACUUCUGAUUCAUUUGCAUCCUUGAAGAGCAUCUGUAGAAGAGAAAGGAGAAGAUGGGUGUGAAAACAUUUACUCAUAGCUCCUCUUCCCACAGCCAGGAAAUGCUUGGAAAGCUAAAUAUGCUACGAAAUGAUGGACAUUUUUGUGAUAUCACUAUACGUGUCCAGGACAAAAUCUUCCGGGCACAUAAGGUGGUCUUAGCAGCUUGCAGUGAUUUCUUUCGCACCAAACUUGUGGGCCAAGCUGAGGAUGAGAACAAGAACGUCUUGGAUUUACAUCAUGUUACAGUGACUGGCUUUAUACCCCUUUUAGAAUAUGCUUACACAGCCACUCUGUCCAUUAACACAGAAAAUAUUAUUGAUGUUCUCGCUGCCGCCAGCUACAUGCAAAUGUUCAGUGUUGCUAGCACCUGCUCAGAGUUCAUGAAAUCAAGCAUUUUAUGGAAUACACCCAACAGCCAACCAGAAAAGGGUCUAGAUGCUGGACAAGAAAAUAAUUCCAACUGCAAUUUUACUUCUCGAGAUGGAAGCAUUUCUCCAGUGUCUUCAGAGUGCAGUGUGGUAGAACGAACCAUUCCUGUUUGCCGGGAGUCCCGGAGAAAGCGCAAAAGCUACAUAGUUAUGUCUCCUGAAAGUCCCGUAAAGUGUAGCACACAAACAAGUUCUCCCCAGGUAUUAAAUUCUUCAGCUUCCUACUCAGAAAAUAGAAAUCAACCAGUUGACUCUUCUUUAGCUUUUCCCUGGACUUUUCCUUUUGGAAUUGAUCGAAGGAUUCAGCCUGAAAAGGUUAAGCAGGCAGAAAAUACCCGGACUUUAGAAUUACCUGGCCCAUCGGAGCCAGGUAGAAGAGUGGCUGAUUAUGUGACUUGUGAAAGCACAAAAUCUAGCUUGCCUCUGGGUACUGACGAAGAUGUCCAGGUCAAAGUAGAAAGGUUAAGUGAUGAGGAGGUCCAUGAGGAAGUGUCCCAGCCUGUCAGUGCAUCUCAGAGUUCACUCAGUGAUCAGCAGACAGUACCGGGAAGUGAGCAAGUUCAAGAGGACCUUCUGAUCAGUCCACAGUCUUCCUCCAUAGGCUCAGUAGAUGAAGGGGUCACAGAGGGCUUACCCUCGCUGCAAAGCACUUCUGGCACUAAUGCCCACGCGGAUGACGAUGAUCGAUUGGAAAAUGUUCAGUAUCCCUACCAACUCUACAUUGCUCCUUCUACCAGCAGUACAGAACGGCCGAGCCCGAAUGGUCCAGACAGACCUUUUCAGUGUCCAACUUGUGGGGUGCGAUUUACCCGCAUUCAGAACCUAAAGCAGCACAUGCUCAUCCACUCAGGAAUUAAACCCUUUCAGUGUGACCGCUGUGGGAAAAAGUUCACCAGGGCUUACUCGCUAAAGAUGCAUCGCCUAAAGCAUGAAGGUAAACGCUGUUUCCGGUGCCAGAUAUGUAGUGCCACUUUCACUUCCUUCGGGGAAUAUAAACACCACAUGAGGGUUUCCCGGCAUAUUAUCCGCAAGCCUCGGAUUUACGAGUGCAAAACAUGUGGCGCCAUGUUCACCAACUCUGGAAAUUUAAUCGUGCACCUGCGGAGUCUGAACCAUGAAGCGUCAGAGCUAGCAAACUACUUCCAGAGCAGUGAUUUCCUAGUACCGGACUACUUAAACCAGGAGCAAGAAGAGACACUCGUUCAGUAUGAUCUUGGAGAACACAGUUUUGAAAGCAACUCCUCUGUCCAAAUGCCUGUCAUUUCACAGGUUUCUUCAACCCAGAAUUGCGAAAGCACUUUUCCUUUGGGGUCUCUUGGUGGGCUGGCAGACAAGGAGGAAGAACUGCCGGAGCAGCCAAAGACCAGUGCCUGUGUCGAGGCAGCCAGAGACGACCCCCCGAAAUCGGAGCUGUCUUCUAUAACUAUUGAGUGAUUUCGUGGUUUGGUUUCAUUUUUGGUUUUUUGGAAAGUGCCUGUGCUUGGUCUUGUAUAUUUAAUUUUAAUUUUUUAAACAAAAAAAGGGUUUGGGAAAGAAUUUCCCUUUUUACUUUGUAAGCCUUGCAACUGAUGUUUUUUCAUGACUGAGAGAUUGCUUCUGUAAGUACACAAAAACAUGACGUUGAAACAUAAUAGAAACUAUAAGACUUAAGGAGAAACAGUUGACUUAAAACAUAUCAGUUUCUUCUUCUGUUGUUAAAAGUAGGCUGAUAACAGAUCAUUAGGUCAAGAGGAAGUCAGGUGACUGUUGACCUUCCUGAUGUGAAAGGGACACCAGAAACAAGUUUCUAAUGGAAUCUGACAAGUGACCUGAGUAGACGCUUACUUCUAUACUCAGGAUAGUGUACAAUAGUUUGUAAAGCCUGUGAUUUGGGGAAGUAUUUAUGGUAUAGCUUUCUUUAAAAUUAUUACAGUAAAUACUUCUGGAAUCCAACAUACUCUUUUAAGCUUUCUUAUUUCUAUUAUGAUUUUUUUGGGUGAGAAAUUGGUGUCAGGCUAGACAGUCCUUGAACCUUUACAGUACCACUCUUCCAGAUCGUCUUCCCUUCAUCCAUGAAAGAAGGCAAAAAAUCGUAACUGAAAAGAGUCAGGCUGUGCACAAAAUGACCAGGCCUAGAGGCCUGCCGUGGGAGGAGCCUAAAUCCCAGCUCAUAGGGACUCUCUUUAAUACUGCUUUUCUGAUUAAAAUUGAUGUUUACCUGGUCUUUGAAUGUUAGUGUCUGGCUGAUCAGUUCAUUGCCCAAUCAGUUUUCCUCUUGCCCCAUCAACAAUACUUUCUCUUGCAUAUACUGGCUAGCUCCCUUACAAAAGAAAAAUAUUGGAGAUAGUCUAUAUUUUAUAUAUGGGUUUAUGUACUGUUUGAGAUGUUUUUGUUGUGCUGUUUUGGACAAAAUAAAGAAUUCUCUGUUAAACCUAUGUUCUUACCCCAACUAAGAUUGUUUACAAAAUCCCCUAUGACAGUGAUGCACUGUCCUUGUUCCAAAAUAUUUUUAGAUAUUUCCAGGUUUAUUAAAGGCAGUUACUAUAGUUAUCUACACAAUGUAAGCAAUAAUGUAAAAUAUAAGAUUAUAAAAUGAUCUAUGAUUCAUAAAACUGUUGGGGUUAAAACAAAAGAAUUGUUAAGACUAAAGAAAAACUAAAAACCUUAAAUUAAUGAAUAUCACCUAUAUUGCUGCUAAAAAGUGCAACAUCUUAGUUUAUAGUGGACAUUGAUAUGAUGCUCUUGACGGGAGUAUACUUUUUAUCUGAUGCCAUGAAAGCAUCACUGACCCUGACCCUGAGUAUUUUUGAGUCCAUGAAUAAUGACCUCAGAGUAACUUUUUUUCUAUGUAUAUACCCACAGUUUAGUAAUUAUGACAGCACCCAUUUGGAUUAGAAAAGAGAAACAAAAUACAGUUCCUUAGUCAAAACACAAGUCUGAACUUUGUUCAGGUACUAGACCUUAAUAAUAAAAUAUAUUUUUAAAUUAUAA